UUUGUCGUCUCCUGUAUUUGGUUGAAUGGACGGACGGGCAACGGAUGUAGUCAGUGGUAGGGACAAAAUUGGCGUCACCAACGGACGCGCAUACACGUACACACAUGCACUGGCAACGCAAGUGUGGCGUCAAAGAAAGAAAGAAAGAAAGAAAGAAAGUCUGGCUGAGCUCGUGCACAUUCAUCUCUUCAGGCACAUAAGCUAUCUGUACAUGUCAUGAAUGCAGACAUUCAUCCAUCCAUCACAAGCCACAAGAUGAUGAGAGUCCUACGAUUUGAAGACUCAUGCGUGUACCGGUCGGUCAUCGGUCACCCAUCCGGUCCAUCCACCCACGCAUCUAUGCCAUGACGCAUUCAUUAUUCAAAUCGCAUCUGAAGCGUCGGCCAAAAGCGGUGCGAAGCCCUCGCACAUGGUUCAAAAAACUGUGGCGCGUCGCGUCGCCCACCCCCCAGAGUCGAGUUGCCUCAGGGGCGCACUGCGGCCACUGCAGCAGCUGCGAUUGAUUGAUUGAUUCAUACGGUGGUGAGGACGCCGACCUGGGCCCCGUUAAUCAUGCUGGUCUCCAUCUUCUCCCGCAGGGCCAGGACGCUCUCGCGCUGGUCCUCAGGGAUGGAGUCUGAGGAGAGAUCAAAAAGGCCCCCGGUUGGUGUGCGCGCGGCUUGUCGUGUGUGUGUUGUCUCUUACCGAUAUCGACAGUCAGCGGGUCGAGCAGAGGCGUGGGGACGGUGCCGUCCUCUGCGGGCUCCUCCCACACGUCGGGCACGAACGCGGGGCCAGACACAUCCACAAACGCAGGCGGGUCAUACUGACACACACACACACACACACAUACACACACACAUACAUACACAUGCAGGCACGCACACAGCGGUGUUCAUUCAUCGAUCCAUCCAUUGAUCCAUAACCCAUACAUACGAGUUGACUGACUCACCUCUGCCAUGAGCUUGAUGUUCUCAAGGAACCUGUCAAAACAGGGUGCAGCGUAGGCGGUGAAGUCUGCAGCCUCCAUGCGCUUCUGAAGCACCACAGCGCAGCACAUGACAGACAACAUAACAUACAUGAUCUCUCAGUCCAUCCGUCCGCCAAUCGAUGACCCCUGCCUGACCUCGAAAUAGUCCCUCAGGUAUCUGACGCCUGAAGAAAGCGCUGCGAAAUCCAUGCCAACCUCCUGAGUGCAUAGCAUAAAUCAAUCAAUGUCAACCACGUCAGAACGAAUGGAUGGAUCGCAUCGAUGGCCUGCACCACUGGCUCAGCCGUUCCUUCCUUCCGCUCAUUCCUCUGCUUAGCUUACGUCAUAGAGCUCGGUCAUGUAGUCGAGCACCUCCCGCCGCAUGCAGUGGACAAUCCCCGCCGCAAUGCCGUACUGCAGCACCCGCAGGAAGGUCCCCAGGUCCUCAGAAAUCAUCUGACCCACACCGCCGUCGUCCCGCGCGAGCCCAUACGAGUCCACCACAUGCUUCCUGGCCUCCUCGAGCGCAGCGUCCCUCUCGUCAAAGAUGACCUGGGCCGCCUGCUCCCCCGGCAGCAGACCCUUGUUGGUCUCCAGCUCGAGGGGAUACACAUACCGCUGACUCGAGUCAGCGCCGCGCAACAGGUAGAUGAUGUUGCCAAAGCGCAGCUCUGCGUCGUCGAAGAGGCACUUCUGGCCUCGCAGGAAGCCCUUGAGUGCGGCGCCGUCGGGGCUGCUGUUGGCAUUCAUCCGCAGACCGUGGGAUCUGGGGUGAGCGGAUGCAGGCCGAUAGAGCAGAGGCGGUGAUGAUGACCGGAGAGCGAAGGCUGACAGGGGAGAGGGCAGCAACGCCAGGGAGAGCAACAAGACAACCAUGGAGGCAGCGAGAAACCGCCUUGCAGGGCAGAUCUGAAGAGAGCUCAUCUUCCCUGCACAAGCACAAGCUCCCGCCUGGCUCUUUGUCAGCUUCUUCCCUCC